AUGGUCGCGUACACUGAGGACCGUUUCGCACUUGCAUUCAACAAGCUACAUUCACGCCCCGGUGACGCUACCAACCCUCACAACUUACAAACCAUUCGACUAGUCGUAAAAGGCAAUACACUCCUUACGCAUUACAGCUAUCACCUCAUAUCACCAGUGCUAUCUAAGUGCGUUGAUGGCAAGCUCAAGAAGCUAGCAGACGGCAAGCUGAGCGACGAAGAGAGGAACAAACUACCCUACAAGAUUAACAGUACGGAGAAGCUUCUCAAGAACGCGCUACUGGGCAUUCGUGGAGUGGAGCAGGUUUCUAUCGAGAGCAAAGGAAAAGGAACAGUUGAAGCAGACUUCGUGGCCACUAUCAAAGCUACACUUAUACAGCCUCCAGGGACUGCUAUCGUGGAAGUGAGCGAUGAAGAGUCGGAGUUUUCUACACAUACAUUGAAUAGGCUUGGACUAAUUUAUUCGCAAGCGUAUUCUGGGGACGCACUGAAACCAUACGAUGCUCUGAUUCCACCAGAAGUAGAGCUGGUGGAUGAUUCGGAAGGCUCUGAAGAUGAUGCGCAGGCCGCUGCUCUUAUGAAACUGCGUGAACCUGUCACACGUAGGCCGAAGGAGGACGUUCCCAUCGUAAUAUCUGGGCCGCGAAUGCGCGGAACGAUGGCCAAGCAGGCUGAAGAAGUGGGAGAGAACGAAGAUGAAGAUGAAGACGACGACGAAGACAGCAGUUUGGGGCUCAGGGAGAUGGUUCGAACUCACAAGCAGAAGGUGCGACCUGGGGAUGUAGAUUCUGAUAUGCUCAAUGCGGAAGUGAUGCCAGUCGUCCUGACGGCGAGGGAAGAAGCGGUCGAGUUAGGCUGGAAGGUGUAA